GAAACUGCGUUUUCUACACUUUGAAAUUCAAUUCAGAACUUUUACCUUCAUCGAGUACGGAACUUUGUGAAAUUUAUCGAAAUUUUUAAUGCAUUUUAAGUGCUGUUGAACAUUAUAUCCAGCUUAAUAUUAGUUCUCGAUGUACUGUUGGAACUUUACUAUCCAUUAGUAUGCGUUUUAAUAUGACAGCUAUAGCGAUACUGUGCCUACUUUUAUUGGAGAGGUUCCUGGCUUCUGAUAUGGAUGGUAUAACCCAACCGGUUUUAAAUGGACUUCGAACUCUUGAAAAAACUGCUACAAAACGCGACAAAGAGAAUUUACCUCCCAGUAAGCAUAAAUCAAGUCGAAAAUUCUCCAAUUUUGAUUUGUAUACUCCAGAUUUUAGAACGCAAGGGAAAAAACUAGAUAUGAGUGAUCUGCGAUCAUUGCGGUAUUUCAAUCCUCGUCUCGAGACGAAAGUCAUCAUUCACGGAUUUUUAGACAAAAUAAGAAUCGCCAAAUGGAUGCACCACAUGAAAGACGAGUUUUUGAUGCUCGAUGAUUUUAACGUGAUUCUAGUGGAUUGGAGCGUUGGGAAUUUUCUACCUUAUACUCAAGCUGCUGCAAAUACGGCACAAACUGGAAAUGAAAUAUCACAGCUAUUGAAUAUAUUAAUUAAUAAUUUCGGAGCUAAGCCAAGCCAGUUUCAUUUAAUUGGUCAUAGUCUUGGAUCCCACGUUGCAGGUUAUGUUGGAGAAAGAAUAAAAGGUUUAAAAAGAAUAACAGGACUGGAUCCUGCAACCUAUUUAUUCAAGGAUUUACCACCGCGAGAGAAACUAGAUCCUUCUGAUGCCCAUUUCGUGGAUGUUAUUCACACCGAUGCUGGGGGUAUUGGAAUGGAGGAGUCAUUGGGUCACGUGGAUUUUUAUCCGAAUGGUGGCGAAAUACAGCCCGGUUGCACAGCUUCGAAUUCUUUGAAAGCUCUUCUAGAAUUUGGAAUUGUCGAAGGCGUUCGAAAUAUGAUUUGCAGCCACAUGAAGGCGUCACAUUUAUUUACUCACUCAAUUAACGAACAUCACUGUCAGAUGAUUGGUUAUAAGUGCUCAGACUGGGAAUCCUUCUCCAAUGGUAAAUGUGAUUUCUGUGGUGUGGAUGACGAAAAUUGUGCUAUUAUGGGCUAUCAUGCUGACAUGGAAAGAAAUUACGCCAAUGGAACAAAGUAUUAUCUCCUUACAUCCGAUACUGCGCCAUAUUGCGGGUUUGAGUAUAAAAUAACAUUAUUUGAAGAAGAAAACAAAAAUGUUUCCAAGAGUAAUAAGAAAAAGUGGGGUAGCAUGGAUAUAUUAAACAUUUUCCUCUACGGGAGUAACGGAAAUGCUGAAUUUAAAAUUGAAGGAAAAAAGAGCGGUUGGCACGAGAGUCAUAUAGUGUUCAGCAGUUCCUUUCUUGGCGAAAUAUUUGGCGCCGUCAUACGCUGGGAAAAGAAACCGAUGUCAAGGGCCAAAGGUGUAAUGGACGUCGUUUCUAAAGUGAUUAAAAAUGAUUCCAACAAACCUUUCUUUAAGAAGAUGAACGUCUUCCCUUUAAAGUCUUACACUCGAUGGCAAAUUUCACCGAUUAUUUUUGAGUUGUGCCCACGUCCAGAUGCAUCAGAUGACAGAAGUCAACAAGGGGCGAUGUUUAGCAACGAGUAUUGUUGAAUAUUUUUUCCGGUGGAAUUUGCUUUACUUAAGAAUUGGUUUUUAAAGAGUCUUAAAAUUUUCAAUGUAUUUUCAAAUUUGAGAUUCUACUUUUAUUGAAUAGUUUAUAUUUUAAAUAAAGUUUUA